AUGGAGAUGCUUGCUCGGGGCUACAGAGUGGAUGGUCAGGACUCUCUUGGCAAUACGGCACUACACUGGAUUGCAUAUUUCAGACUGGACACCCUGCUCAGCCCACUUUUAGAGAAGCGCGCGCGCCCCGACAUUGUCAAUAAUUCCGGCGAAUCUCCAGUACAUUUUGCUGCGAUGUCUUCCCAUGUAGCUGGCUUGGAUGCAAUGACACAAGCCAAUCGAGCUCUGCUAUCACUUCAUGACAAGGAUGGGUACACCCCUUUCAUCGUAGCUGCAAAGCAAGACAACUCUCUCAUCAUGGAGUGGCUGUACCUGAAAGGUGUUAGUAUAGAAGAGCAAGAUGACGAUGGCAGAACCGCCCUUCACUGGGCAUGUUACCAUGGGAACAAGAAGACCGUGCAGUGGUUGCUCUCCCGAUCUGCAAGCAUCGCCCACCGAGACAGUGAUGGUAUGACAGCAAUCCACUGGGCAGCCCUGAAGGGGCAUGAGCUUAUUGCAGACAUGCUCAUAGAGGUCGGGGCUGUCAAGCUUCUGGACGUCCCGGACCGCAAUGGGGUAACUCCAAUUGAAUUUGCCAUGCAGAAGAAGAACAGGCACAUGGUGGUGUCCUUUUACAAGUCCCAGGUAAUGAACUUUCUCGUGGGCAGGCCUUACCUGUUCCGCAAUUCUUUCGCAAAUUUGUUCAUAUGCUUCAUUGCCUUCAACAUAGUGGUGUUUUCCUUCAUCAUAGCUCCAGGUAUUUCAGCUAGAAAUCCGGAGGCAGUGAUGCACUGGUCUGUACUUAUGGGUUUGUCACUGCUCCUUUGGGUUCAGUGCUGCUCUUCUGACCCCGGCUGUUUGCGGCCGCCUACCAUACACCCGCAGCAUCACCUCCUGGGCAAUGACCCAGAGAAGACAUUUGAUGUUGAGCAAUCAAUUGAGUCACAGAUGGCUCAUUGCGACAGUGUGUUGCAGCAGCUGACGCUGACAUGCGACGGUGAGGCACCAGAAGUCAUGAAGCUAGAGCUGGAGCAAAACAAAUACAACUAUCAGAGGCAGCUCUUGAGAGAAGCCAGGAAGCGGCUUGAAAGACUUUGUGGCAUGGGCGAUCCUCGCAGCCCAGCUAAGGGCGAAUCUCAGCCACUCAUUGCUCCAGGCUACAAGGAGCGCAUUGCAACACAGCAGGCUCAACUGAAUCGAGCCACAGAGGCUCUUCAUGAGCGUGAGAGGUCCACUGGAGAAAGCCUGGGCCGUGCGCGAGUGGAGCAGCUCCUUGGAGAAGGAUGUGGCGAGUACCUUUCGUUGGUGGACAAAGGCGAGUUCAAGCAUGUGUGCAUCAUUUGUCGUGCGCGGCGUGAGAUGCGAUCCCACCACUGCAAGGAGAUUGGCCGCUGCGUUGACAAGAUGGACCACCACUGCCCGUGGAUUGAUAACUGUGUGGGCUUAGGCAACCAGCGGUCCUUCUAUAUGUUUGUCGUGCUCCUUUUCACCACCAUCAUCUACUUCUACUACACAGUUUUCUUGUAUGCGUUUGAUACUGUGUUUCCAGAGAUUUCACAUGGCUCCUUCGGUGAGCUUCUGCAUGCCCUGACAAGCGGGUCCCUUGCGCCUGAGCUACAACCGCUUGUAGUUCUCAUUGCAACUGUGUUUGACUUGUUUUGGGUGUACUUCGUGGGUCUUUUGGUUAUCCGGCACACGGCAUACAUGCUGGUGAAUGUGACUACUUGGGAAAUCCAGAUGAGACCGCCUCAUGUCCAGCGACGCUUUCCAAAGGCUCGGGGUAAGUACUGGUUCCUGCAAGGUUGUGGACUCAUGUCGGCCUUAGCCAAUUGCGCAAAGUUUUGGAUGCUGGACGACAGCGGUGACGUGGCAAUGUUCUUUGGACAUCCUCAAGAGAGCUUCGUGGCUGCUGAACGCAAGCUGGAGGGCGGGCAGCCGCCCUUCUUCAUGAAGAAGGAUCUCAUGGCCAAGACAGCCGAGCUGGCAGACUACGACGAUGUCCUGUAUAAGGUCAUCGAAGACAAGGAGCAUCCUGAGUUGGACAAGUACCUCAUCGCCACCUCGGAACAGCCGAUCUCCGCGUUUCAUCGGGGGCAGACUAUUGACAAGACGCGCUUCCCGCUGCGCUACGUGGGCUACUCGUCCUGCUUCCGACGGGAAGCGGGCAGCAGCGGCCGAGAUAUCCGGGGCAUUUUCCGUGUGCACCAGUUCGAAAAGAUCGAGCAGUUCGUGCUCUCGGACCCCGCGGAGUCUUGGAAGGAGCAUGAGUCCAUGAUCGCCAUGGCCCAGGAGUUCUACCAGAGCCUCGGCAUCCCCUAUCGGACGGUGGCCAUCGUCUCAGGGGAGCUCAACAACGCAGCCGCCAAGAAGUACGACUUGGAGGGGUGGUACCCAGGCGACAAUGAGGGCAAGGGCAGGUAUCGAGAGCUCGUGUCCUGCUCGAACUGCCUCGACUACCAGGCUCGGGCGAUGCAGACCAAGUUCGGCUACAGGCCAGAGGAUCCGUUCUGCCACAUGCUCAACAGCACUCUGUGUGCAACUGAGCGGGCGAUGUGCUGCCUUGUUGAGAACUACCAAGAGGAGGAGGGAGUCCGCGUUCCGCGAGCACUGGUUCCGUUUUUGCUGGGCCAGGAGUUCUUCCCGUUUGUGAAGACGCUUAAAGAGGAGCGACCGGCGGCGAAGGGAAAG